AUGAAAGCUAGAAACCAAACAACCAUUUCAGAAUUCCUCCUCCUGGGACUGACAGAGGACCCAGCACUGCAGCCCCUCAUCUUCAGCCUCUUCUUGUCCAUCUACCUGGUCACCAUCAUGGGGAACCUGCUCAUCAUCCUGGCCAUCAGCUCUGACUCCCACCUCCACACCCCCAUGUACUUCUUCCUAUGCAUCCUGUCUGCUAAUGACAUCUGCUUAAGCACAAGCACAGUCCCCAAGAUGCUGGUGAAUAUCCUGAGACAGGAUCAGAGCAUCACCUACACCGGAUGCCUCUGCCAGGUCUGUUUUGUCAUAAUUUUUGUUGGACUGGAAAAUUGUCUCAUUACAGUGAUGUCCUAUGACCGCUAUGUGGCCAUUUGUUACCCCCUUAAAUACACAGUCAUCAUGAAUCCUCAUCUCUGUGUAUUGCUAGUUCUAGUCUCCCUGGUAAUUAGUAUUGUGCAUGCCCUUCUCCACACUCUGAUGGUGCUGAGGCUGUCCUUCUGCACAGACCUGGAGAUCCCCCACUUCUUCUGUGAACUUGCUCAGGUCCUGAAGCUGGCCUGUUCUGAUACCCUCAUCAAUAACCUACUAGUGUAUUUGGUGACUGUACUAUUAGCUGGUGUUCCUCUCUCUGGAAUCAUUUUCUCUUAUGUUCACAUUGUGUCCUCUGUCUUGAGAAUGCCCUCAUCAGAAGGAAAGCAUAAAGCUUUUUCCACCUGUGGGUCUCACCUGUCUGUUGUCUCCUUGUUCUAUGGGACUGGUUUUGGGGUAUACAUUAGUUCUGCAGUGACUGACUCCUCCAGGAAGUCUGCAGUGGCCUCAGUGAUGUAUUCUGUGGUCCCUCAGAUGCUGAACCCCUUUAUCUACAGCCUGAGGAACAGGGACAUGAAGGUCUCUGUGAGAAUGCUCAUGGGUAGGACACCCGCUAUUCUGUGA